AUGGCUGCAGCCAAGGAGCGCGUUGCCAAGGCCCUUGGCUUCAGAACGGAAGAUCGCGACAGCGACAUCCCCUCAAUAUCCAACACAGAUCCCUUCAUCGAGAGAGAGCCGACCGUUCAAGAGUUUCUCGAGGAAAUCACACCGUCACUUCACGAUGUCGGACAGUACUUUUACCACCUGUUUCCCUUUCUCUCUUGGAUUGGCAAAUACAACUUUACAUGGUUCAUUGGUGAUUUGAUUGCUGGUGUCACCGUUGGUGCCGUUGUCGUUCCUCAGAGUAUGGCGUACGCCGCGCUUGCCCAGCUUCCACCUGAAUAUGGCCUGUACUCUUCUUUCAUGGGUGUCUUGAUCUACUGGUUCUUUGCGACUUCCAAGGAUAUCACCAUCGGACCUGUUGCUGUCAUGUCCCAGGUCACUGGCGACGUCGUUCUCAAGGCGGCAACACGACUCCCAGAUGUUCCCGGCCACGUCAUUGCUUCGGCCCUGGCCAUCAUUGCAGGAGCCAUCAUCUGCUUCCUCGGUCUCGCACGCCUGGGCUGGAUCGUCGAGUUCAUCUCGCUGCCGUCCAUCUGCGCCUUCAUGACGGGCUCCGCCAUCAACAUCGCCGCCGGCCAAGUGCCCAAGCUGAUGGGCAUCAAGGGCGUCAACACGCGUGCUGCACCCUACAGGGUCAUCAUCGACACGCUCAAGGGCCUGCCAACCACGACGAUUGACGCUGCCUUGGGUCUGACUUCGCUUCUGAUGCUGUACCUGAUUCGAGGCACCUGCACGUACCUGGCCAAGAAGCAGCCUCACCGGGCCAAGCUGUACUUUUUCAUCUCGACCCUGCGUACGGCCUUUGUUAUCUUGUUGUACACGGGCAUCAGCGCGGGCAUGACGCUGCACAACAAGGCCCACCCCCGAAUCAGCAUCCUAGGCAAGGUGCCUCGUGGUUUCCAACACACUGGCGCUCCAGAAAUCAACGACACCAUCAUCAAGGCCUUUUUGCCCGAGCUCCCCGCCGCAGUCAUCGUCAUGCUGAUCGAGCACAUUUCCAUCUCAAAGUCCUUUGGCCGAGUCAACAACUACAUCAUCGACCCGUCCCAGGAACUCGUCGCCAUUGGCGUCACUAACCUGCUCGGUCCCUUCCUCGGCGCCUAUCCCGCCACUGGAUCCUUCUCUCGUACCGCCAUCAAGGCCAAGGCCGGUGUGCGCACGCCCUUUGCCGGUGUCAUCACUGCCAUUGUCGUUCUGCUGGCUCUGUAUGCUCUGACGGCUCUCUUCUUUUACAUCCCCAACGCAGCUCUUUCUGCCGUCAUCAUCCACGCCGUCGGCGAUGUCAUCACGCCUCUCCCCGUCGUCUUCCAGUUCUGGCGUGUGUCGCCCCUCGAGGUUGUCAUCUUCCUGGCUGGUGUUUUGGUGACUGUCUUCUCCACGAUCGAAAACGGCAUCUACACCACCAUCUGCGUAUCCUUUGCCGUCGUCGUAUUCCGCCUGUUCCUCAGCCGCGGCCGCUUCCUCGGCGUGGCCCGCGUCAAGACUGUUCGAGCAACCAAGGGCAACACGGACAAGAGUGACCAAGAGGCCUUUGCCGAGCCAUCAGAAUACUCGGAGCGAUCUGGUUUCUUGCCUCUGGGCCACGAGGACGGCUCCAACCCCCGAGUGACUGUGUCGAGCCCGUAUCCCGGCAUCUUCAUCUACCGCUUCGCCGAGGGCUUCAACUACCCCAACGCCACGCGAUAUCUCAACCACUUGACGGAGACCGUCUUCAAAGAGACUCGACGCACAGAUGUCAAGACGCUUGCUAAGCUCGGUGACCGACCUUGGAACGACCCAACGCCGAGAAACCAAAAGCAGGAAGAGCACGAUGAACGUCCCACGCUCAAGGCCAUCAUCCUCGACUUCGCCACGGUCAACAUCAUCGACGUGACAGCAGCCCAGGCCCUGAUCGACGUCCGCAACCAGCUGGACCGCUACGCAGCUCCCCGAACAGUCGACUGGCACUUUGCCCACAUCGAGAACCGCUGGACGAAGCGCGCCCUGGCCGCGGCAGGCUUCGGCUACCGCACCCCCAGCCACAACGCCGAAGACGGCGAGGGCGCGGGUCACUGGAAGACCAUCUUCAGCAUCGCGGAGCUGGGCGGCUCGGACAGCGCGGCGGCGGCGGCUGCCGCGGAGGAGAAGGCCGGGCGGGCUGUGCAGUACGACGUGGAGCGCACCAACUCGGAUGACAUUUCAAAGGCUUCUGACAAGGACGUUCCCUCGCACCCGAGCAGCAGACGAUUGGUUGCUAUUCGGGGCUUGAACAGGCCGUACUUUCACUUUGACCUGCAGGAGGCGGUUGAGUCUGCGAUUGCAAACGCGGAGAGACAUGGCAAUGAUAAUGAUUCUGAAUGA